UGUAAGUGCCGACCGCCAACAAUUAGUUAACGCCGCGUUAAUGUACAAUCCAAGCACAUGCAACGCACAUGUGAAAUCUUUUCGUAAGUGAAUUAAACAUGGGUAAAAUGAUAGUAUCUCAAGUGAUUACAAAAAGCAAAGGGGCCCGAUCGACAUGUUUACAAUUUCAAAAUGGAGAACUUGUGGAAGAUCAAGAAAUACCGUUAUCCUGUGGUCUAUGUUAUAAUGAUGCUCAGCGGGUAAUUCCUGUGUUGGCUUCAGAUACACUUAUUUACACAGGGCGCGUGGCGGAGCAAAAUGCCUACAACACAUUUCUUGCCGUCCGAAACAAGAAAACAAAUAAGAUUCGGCUUGUUUCUAUAAAUGAAGCUUUACUUAAGCCUCAACCACCCCAAUUGAGGAAGAUUAUGGACAGCACAAUGAUGGAAACUAACCAACGAGCUCUCACAGAACUAAACAAAGAGUUUGGUUCCAAGAAAACAAAGAGGCAAACCGAAACACUUGAGAGAUUGAAAGUUAACAUUGAUAACUACAAAGAUCAAUUAGAAAAAACUGUUGCAAACAUAAGUUUGGAUGAAAUGCAGAUUGAAGAACCAACACAAACAUCUGAAAUCCUUCCGUUUGUGAAUAAAAACGCAGCAAUUACCGCUGAUGUCUACACCCUCAAGACAUUGAUACCUGAAUUAGUGCUAAAAAGCCUUGAAGAACCCGCACGUGAACUGAUGGAAACUGAAGAGGACCAAAUUACAACAAAUGACUAUGUGAAAAAACAAAUUCUCGCUUUACAGGGAUCCAGAGAUGAAAACGCCCAAGAACAUGUUUCCAUGUUACUAGUAUUGGAUGCAUUGAUGACUAUUCAAUCAGCAACAGCAAGGAGUAUUUCACUAAAGGGAUGCCAGUGUAGUCAGUAUUCCAAGGUGUUGAAUGACUUCAUUCUCAAUAACUUUACAGUGAAAACUGAAAGAACUAGAACGCGACCUUUGUCCAUGAAAGACAAAGCUUGCUGCUACAUAAUUGUCCUGAGUUUGUUGCUAAACAAAUUGAAGGUAAACUUGAACGAAAUUGGAAUUCAACUGAAAGUGGGCGUCAAAAAGUUAAACGACCUCUGCAGUAUGUUGCUGCUUCACAUUAGUGGCAAAGAGGCAUCUGUCAAGCUUCCUUUACCAGCCCCUCGUGUGUUUACCACGAAAAAAAACAAGGGGCGCAAAUAAAACUCACGAUAUAUUAAUAAACUGAUGUUUAAAGUUUCAA